AUGAAUUAUCCUACUCAAGAAGGCAGCUCUCUUUUGGGGUCUAAUUGCUUCAGCACUGCUUAUCAUCUACACCCAUCUGCUCUCAAUACACGGGAAACACCUUAUGACGUUGGAGAUAUUGAGCAAAGGGGCUGUAACUUUUAUGGGAGCAAUUUGGGUAGAUUUGUUGUACAAGGAAGCCCCUAUGACUGCGCUCCAAUAUCAAUGAAUCGGAUGUGGUCUUCUGGCUCUUCAAGUACUCUGUUUGAUGGCAGUGGGGCUUCUUGUUCUCAGAGUAAUCAGGGUGGUUUUCUUUCCAGCAUCACAGGACAAACCUUCGAUUGCCGUCAUACUAAUGAAUUGAAUUUAGUUGCAGGAAAUCCUUUGUUUAAUACCUUAUCUCGAUUUCCUAGGGAUGAAGUCGAAGCGACGGGACCUAAUUUUUACUCGAGAGAAAAUGUGAGAGAGCGUGUGAUGAAAGGACCUAUAGAUUCUACGCUAGCAAUGACAAAAAAAGCGGUGCCACACUUGCUGAGUCUUUUGGAUGAGGGUGAUGCAGUGAUUCUGAGAAAUAUACUGAAUGGAGUUGUACAUCCAUCUUUAUUAUAUAGCGUCAUGAAAGACGAACAUGGCCAUCGUCUGUUUAUUGAACUCUUGGACAAGUGUGGCUACAGACACAAAUUGGGGAUCGUUUCCCUUGUCGCGCAAGCGGGCGAACUGCUUGACCUUGCAGGAGAUUGUUAUGGCAAUAGUUCUGUUAAAAUGCUCAUUGUGUCGGUUAAGGGAUUGCUUGACCUGUGUGACAUUGUCACAUCUGCUCUCAGCAUAAUUGUCUCUGAUUUAAUGAAUCACGAUUUAGGAUUAUCGUUGAUCGAGUGUUGUCUAAAGAACCUAACAUAUAAGCAGAAUUUGUGCUUCUGUCGUUAG